GAAACCGACGACUUUAGGCAGUCAAAUAAAAGAUUCCCAAACACGCACUCACACACUCGAACACGUUCUCCAGUCUCCCUUACUCCGAAGUUCAGAGCAAUUCAGGACCUGCUUAUCAAAGAGGCUCCUUAUCCGCCGUACCGCGGCCGCACGCCGCCGUUGUUAAACUCUCUCCCCCGACGCCUUUUCUUUCUCCUCUUAUAAAUUGGUGCAUAUUUGUUUGGCUUCUACGUGAUGUGAAGCUGCAAUGAGUUAGCAAGUUAAAAAUAGAUUAAGAGAGAAGGGUCACUCUCAGUGAUUUAAAUGUGUAGCACCUGUUAUAGGUUUUCCAAGCUGCAGUUUGUAACUUUUGAGGGAAUCCUUGAGUUCGUUUUUAUUAUUUUUUAAAUAAAUUAUGAUAAUUUGAAUUUGGCAUAGAAGCAGAUACGUUUGGAACAAAAUAUGGAUGGAUGCAGUUUUUAUUCGUUCUUUAAUGUUUCUGGUUAAAAGGUUUCUGCUUUCAAAGUAGGCAAAAUACACAUUAAUUUUUGGGUGAGAUCUGAGGCAUGGAAAUAUAGAGCUGAGAGGAAAAAGCACUCAUCAAAGAAAAAAGUAUGGCUUCUCCUUGCUGGGUCCCCAAUGUAGGGAAAAACAAAAAAAAAAAAAUCUGUGUGAUCAGUGUAAGGGUAAAUUGAGGCAAUGUGGAAAGAGAAAGCAUUAGCAUUUUGAAUUUCUGUAGGAAAAAUGCAGUGAUUGUGAAGAUUAUACCAAUAAGAGAAACGGAGAUGGAAUGAGCAGGCCUUUGACAUUUGAAAAGUCUACUUCCAUGAUAUAGUGUCUGAGAAUUCUUAUAUUUCGUAUGAUUAGUUUGGCUUUUAAGGUGGGGGGAGCAUUAAAAGCUGAAAAUUUUCCUGGUUGCAAAGAUUCCAUGGCAUGCAAGUUCCUUUGGUUUUAUGGGAACCACAAACUUAAGAGUAGCUAAUCCAUGAGAGUUGUGUGUUUCUGGUUGCUUUUUCUAUAUCGUCUACUAUUUCUGGUUGCUUUUUCUAUAUCGUUUACACCUUAUUAUGUUUGCUCCAGCCUACUAUAAAUGCAAAUGCGACUAUAUGAUGUUCACUAAAUUUGAAUUUGUUUACAUGUCGAGGUCGAGUGUUGUAGCACUAACAAAAACUGGAUUUCUAUUCAGUGUUUCAUAUUUGUUGCGUUCUCUUAAUAGGUUAGAUAUUGUACAUAGAGAGGAGGAGUUGAUCAUAGAUUCGUAAUAACCAAUAUCAGAAUAUUGCUGUUUAGUGAAUAUUCGUGCUCGUUUGUUUAGACACAAGCAUUUUUAUUAAAACUCAGACUCAGUCUAUAGAAUAAGUGUGAUUCUAAAUCUAUUUAUGGUGUUUACUUGAUAUUCAGAUCAUGCUGCACGGUGGAAGGAGAGAAGACUCAUCUUGAUAAGUUGCAGUAUGGAUGAGAGAGUGAGAAGACGCAAGUCCUUGUGGGAAGCAGAAGAUGGGAGCCUGAGAAAUUCUAGGUCUGGGAAAGAAUACUAUUCAAGUUAUGAUGCUGGGCAUGGGCAUAAAUAUUUAUCAUCCAAAGCUGAAAAUAAUCUGUCGAUGCCCAAGGAUCAAGCUUAUGCAAGUGAGAGAAUGUACAGAGGUGGACUGGAUGAACCAGAAAUUAGGGACCAAAGUCUGAAUAAGAACUAUUACAGGAAAAUGUCCCCUGGUUAUGAUGGAUGGGACAGAAGAAAUCAUAGUGAUUCCCGUGAUGAUGGUUGGAUCCACUCUCGUAGGAGUAGGAGUAGGAGUAGGAGUAGAGACAGAGGCAGAAGUAGAAGCCGCAGCCAAAGCUGGGUUAGAGGCAGCAGGGGCAGGGACCGUGAUUCCCUUCGGAGUCAGAGUCGGAGCAGGAGCAGGAGCAGGAGCAGGAGCCGAAACAGGAGCAAGAAUCCUGUGCGGGGUCAGACCAGGAGUCGCAGUCCUUUCCAUGAUCGCAGGCGUGAGUCCCAUGGGUGGAAUGAAAAAAUUUCAUCUGGACUAUCAUCUUCAAUUUGUAGAAAUUUUGCAGCAGGUAAUUGCAGAAGAGGGAGCCAAUGCAGGUUCCUUCAUACUGACAUUAUGGAUGGGGCUUCUGAGGAUGACCUUGCAGAAAGAUGGAAAGGUAGACCGGAACGAGGACGUCCCAUGAGACAUGGUGAAGAACCUGGGUUACAAUCGUGGGACAAAGUUACUAAUUCAAAUUACGGUGAUGACAACUCUAGGAUUAGAAGCAGAGGUGCUAUUCCCUGCAAGAACUAUGUCAGAGGCAAGUGUCAAUGGGGAGCCUCUUGCAGGUUUUCUCACCAUGAUAGUUCUGGUGAUAAUAGUAUCAAAGGUGUUGGAAAUGCGUCCUUUGGUCAUGACCGUCAGCAUGUAGGAAGCGACAAAGGCAAACCCUUAUGCAAAUAUUUUCUAGCAGGGAAGUGUAACCGUGAGAACUGCUGGUUUUCUCAUGAUGAUUCAGCCGCGGGUACUCAUGAAAAGAGGCAACAUGAUGAAGGUGGUCGCCACAUUUCAUCUGUCAAGAGUGGAUCGUGGAAUGGCCCCACCUGGGAUCAAACUCAGAGUGAGUCAGAUAAUGCUAAAGGCACUGGAUGGGGGGAUCACAUAGAAGCAAAUGAAGAUAUUGCACUUCCUUCAGAGAGAGCAAAUGAUAAAUGGGCCCCUGAAGGCAGCACGUGGCGAAGCCCAGAAUGGAAAGAGAAAGCUUCCAAGAAAAGCAGUUUCAUUUCAACUAAAGAGUUGAAUGAAGAUAACAGUAGGGACUUGGGUGGCAUUGAAUCUACAUUUGCUGGAAAUUCAAAUGACAGGCAAGAACAUUCUCCAAUAUCUCCAGGGUUGAAGUCCACAAAACUUGAUGACAUUUCUGCUGGCUCUCACGCUCGGAAUUCAGCCGAAGAAGAUUCUAGUCAUCAUCUUAUGGCAACAGUGCAUGUGGCUGAUGUAUCUAUCAAAUCUGAUGCUCAGCAGAAUGACAUGGCUGGUAAAGAUAAUCAGCCAGAAACAUUCAGUUAUGGUGGACUUGGUGCUGUUAAUGAAACAAGGAGCACUAUGAAUUCAGAAUUCAUGCCUACGCAUAUCCCUAGUCAAAAUGGCAUUGGAAAUCUGGAUUUUAACCAGCCAUUGGUUACAAAUGAUGUGAGAGAUAACUUACAUUUUUCACGUCCUUCAAAUUUGCAGGGUUUUGACUUGAAUGGAUCUGGUCAGGUCUUGUCCUCGUCUUUAAAUAUGCAAAACCACCAUGAGAUUCAUGAGAAGGAAGUUGCUAAAACACAAGAGAUGCAGGAAUUUGGAGCUCGUCAAUCAUUCUACAGUAGUAUACCUAAUGGGCAUGUUGGUCAGUAUUACUCCACAUCAACUGCAAUGCAGAAAUUUAUGAAUGAACAAGCACAUCCUUCGUUGGAUCCCUUGACUGCUACACGGAUGGUGUCAGUUUUGCAAUCUGUAAUGCCUAUUCAGCCAAAUCCCUUGGGUGAAAGAGGGCAAAACAAUGAUCAAACUUCUGGUUUUCCAUUUGAACAGAAGAAUCAAAUCCCAUUUGAACAAUUUUCUCCCAUGUCUGGUGAUGGUAUAGAACCUGAGGGAACCCUUCCGAGUAGUGCUAUGGCUCAUUUUCUUGACAGUGCCCAAUCAAAGAAGCAGGAGACUCGUGGGCAAACCGAAUUCCAGCAGCAUGAAACAUCUGGAGUUGCAGAUUUCAAGGAGCUGGGAAAACCGGCAUUUUCAGAAUUGGAGCAAAGACCACCUCUUUCAGAAGGCAUACAUAAGGGUAAUGAUUCUUCUGAGGAUAAAAUAAAAGAGAAAGAGAAUGUUCCCAAAGAAAAUGGAGAGGGUCGUGGUAAGGUAGAGAAUGGUAGUGGUAAUAAGGAAGAUAAGGACAUACGCCUGUUCAAAAAUGCCCUUGUAGAGUCUGUGAAGGACAUACUGAAGCCAACGUGGAAAUUAGGGAAAAUGAGCAGAGAUGUCCAUAAAACCAUUGUAAAAAAGGUGGUGGAUAAGAUAACAACUACAAUUCAAGCCGAUCACAUCCCAAAGACUCAAGAUAAAAUAGAUCAAUAUCUAUCACAUGCAAAAACCAAAAUUUCAAAGCUUGUACAGGCCUACGUGGACCGACAUCUCAAGACUGAUUCUUGAAUAACCCUCUGCUUCAUUGUCAUAUUGUAAUUUAGUGUACUGACUUAGAUAAGUCCACUCAAUACUCUUUUCUUCUGUUCUUUUAUUCACUUUCCCUGGCUGGUGAUUACUGUCAGCUAUAUUUUGCUGUGGUUUUGUUUUUUUCCUUUUUUUUUUUUUGGUUGUUUUCCUAAGGAAUGCAAUUUCUGAUAUGGAUUUCUUUCUUUGUUUUAUGUUCUUACAUUUUGACCAUGUUUUUGGAGACCUAAUCUCCCUCUUCUGUUGUGGAAGGAUAAACAAAUUAUAGUGAGAUGAAAGGGUGAUUUGCUUAUAGAAGAUAAUGCAGGUUGCAAAUGAAGAGCCGUGGUUCGAUCAGAGAUCCAGUAUCUGUAUUAUUAAGGAUUAAUGUUCAAGGCCAAGUUUCCUUAACAGUUAUGCCGACAUUGCCGAUCUCCCCCGACUUUGUUUUUCAUUGGAUGGUGAAAGCCGACAACAAGACGGCGGGGGUGUACAAUGACGGCAAUAAUGGAUAUUUAGGGUUUUCAGUUACGAAUACCUUAGUUCCGAAAUACAAAUAGCCCUUACUAACGGUAUAAAGAUUAGGGUAGUUAGAUCGUCAACAUUUAAGAGUUUGAGCUUUGGGGACUGGGGUAGAGAAGGCUCAUAUGUGGGCAGCUUACUGGAGGGUUUGGACUUUGAAUCAAUUUCUGAGCUCUUUUUUUUCUCUUCCUUUUUAUUUUUACUCUGGUAAGCUCAUAUUGUUCACUUUAUUAAGCCAUUCUACUCAUACAUAAACUUUGUGACAUCAGUGCGGAUGAAUGCUUUACCGCGAAAACAUCUAGCCUUUAUGGUCUUCCACUGGGAGGCAUUCUCAUAAAAAAACGUUGUGGCUAGAAUCAGGUGCAUGCAAAAUGAGGUGAAAAAGACUAGAAUCGGACCCAAAUCCUUCAGACCUUUUGUUGCAAUGAACUGAUGAGUCAAAGCGAUAAGACAUUCAAAUGACGAUGAUUAACUCAAUAGCUGUCGAAAAAUAAUCUGAUCUUCUAAAGCAAGUUUCGAUAUCAGAUGAUUUCAAAAAAAAAAAAAAAAAAAAAAGAUAUCAGCUAGAUUGAAGCCCUAAGCCCGAAGAUCCCUUCGGCUCCCAUACUUGACGAGAGUACAUCCCUUGGUUUUACAAGCAUACCAUGUGUCAUAUUUUCUUUUUUAUUCAUUUUUAUAUCUUUUUGUCUCAAGAAAAAAAGUUCAUACUAAGUUUUGAAAUUUGUACUAAAACAAAAAUAUAUCUUUAAAUUCAAUGUUGAAAAAUCUUGAUCAUUG